AUGCAGCUCUCUGCACCCAGGAGCUACACACUCCAGGUGACAGACCAGGAGACCGUUGCCCAGAUCACGGCUCAGGUAGCCUCAUUGGAGGGCAUCCCUCCAGAAAAUCAAGUUCUGCUCGUGGCAGGCACACCCCCAGAGGAUGAGACUACCCCGGGCCAGUUUAGGGUGGAGGCUCUGAGCACUCUGGAAGUAGUUGGCUGCAUGCUUGGAGGUAAAGCCCAUGGUUCCCGCCAGGCCCAUGCUAGGAAAGCCAGAGGUCACACUCCCAAGGUGGCCAAACAGGAGAAGAAGAAGAAGACAGGCCGGAUCGAGAGGCACAUGCCGUACAACCAGCGCUUUGCCAGUGUGGUGCCCGCCUGUGGCAAGGAGAAGGGCCCCAGUGCCAGCUCUCCAUUCCUUUGUAAUCUUGACUUUCUCUAA